AUGGAAUACGUGGGUCGACUAGGAAGUAUCUUUACUUCAGUCCAUAAUUUCUAUAAUGAAAUCAAUCCUGCCACUCUAUCAGGUGCCAUUGAUAUUGUUGUCGUGGAACAGGAAGAUGGCGAUUUGGCUUGUUCGCCGUUCCAUGUUCGAUUUGGCAAACUAUCCGUCUUGAUGCCACAGGAAAAGCGAGUCCAAAUCAAGGUCAACGGCCAAGUGGUGCCGUAUGUCAUGAAAGUAGGUGAAGCAGGGGAAGCAUUCUUUGUAUUUGAAACCGAACAUGAGGUGCCCGAAGAGUUUCAAACAUCUCCCAUUAUGGAAGCAGUACCUGAAAAAUUGCAAGAGGAUCCUCCCUAUCUUGAUAUUGGCGAAUCCAAAGACAAGCCAGAAGAGAAGCAAGAAACCACCACGACCGGCACUACCACAGCUCCAGCAGCAGACACAUUUGAAGACGAUGAUUCCCUCAAAAAGUUGCCAUUACCAGCCGAACUACAAUCGCCCAAAAUGAUCAUUGAAGAGCAAAUGGAUAAAGUUGUGACCAAGAUGGAUCCUUACAACACACACGACGAGCAUAUUGAGCUGCCAGAGCCUCAAAUCUACCCUGUGGAUGACGGCCAUAUCGUUGAAAGAGUGAUUCCUGAGGCCAUUACCACAACCACAGUCGCAAAGGAGAGAUUUAUUGUUCGUCCUGCAGGCGGUGAUUUGUACAACACGCUCAUGGAGGUCACGCAUACAUCCGUCAAUAAGGAAGACAGUAAAGGGGAUGAAUCCAUUGUGCUGGAUAUUGCUGGUUAUAAGACGGGUGGUGAUGAGUGGAGUGAAGACCAAGCGUUUGCUACACCUGGUGUGAAUGCUAACACAGAGGCAUUGGAAAAGGAGAUGACUCACUUGUUACUGGAUGAAAAUGGGGUGCAUUCACCUCCUGCUUUGGAUGGUUUGGAGCCUGCUGAUUUGGAUGUCAACAAACAAUCAGAGGAGAAGAAUAGAGGCGAGACGAGUUAUCAAACAGCAGAAGAUUCAAGCGUGGCAGAAGAGUCACCUCAAGCAGUAGUAGUGAAGGAAGAGGAGCCCAAAAAGAGCCUUUGGGGUUGGGGAAGUGCUAAACGCCAGGCUACCAAUGACUCGAUGGAUGCACCAUUAUCGACACCGCCCACACAACCUGCUGACACUGUACAAGAUCAUCUCGCACUACUGCCAGGCCAAAUCUAUCGCAUUGAAAUGAGUUUAUGUGGCUUCUCUGCAUUCGGUAAAGAUGAAAAGGAAAACGCCCAGGUUUUCGAUCAACACAAGGUCACCUACGACAAUUUCACACAUAACCCCAGCAUGCUGAAUGAUAAGCGACUGGUCUUUCGUUAUAGCAACCGAUACUAUGCAGCUGGACGCACAGGACCUUUAUUUACUUCCUUGUUGUUAUACAAGAAACCGCUGGAAGAAACGCCUCAAGAUGAAGAGGAGGCAGCAGAUAGUCGUGUAUCGUACUCUUAUGGCACAGGUUGGAGACAGUGGCUGAGUCGAUCAUCGGUAGCAGCAGCACCUCCCACAACGACGACGACGACGACGACCGGCAACACAGCAGACAGCAAGGACACCUCAACUACCACACAAUUAAAAGAGGAAACAGCAGCAGCAGCAGCAGCAGCAGCAGCAGCAGCACCCAAUCUAGCUACAAAGGAGGAGCAAGAAACCACCACCUUUACUACCACCACCACCACUACAUCCGUCGGAUGGUCUGCUGAUCAUGUCCAUCCAGGGCAAUCUGCUGAAGAGCAAGCACCACACAAGGUGUAUGCAAAGACCUUGCGUCUUACAUCCGACCAACUCAAGAGCCUUUGUCUCAAAAAGGGCGUCAACACCAUUUCUUUUUCCGUCUCCAGUGCUUAUCAAGGUACAGCCACCUGUGCAGCCAAGAUCUUUUACUGGGAUUAUGGAAUUCAAGUCGUGAUUUCAGACAUCGAUGGCACCAUUACCAAAUCAGAUACACUGGGUCAUGUCUUUACUAUGAUUGGCAAGGAUUGGACACACAUGGGUGUGGCCAAACUCUACACAGACAUUGCCAACAACGGAUACCACUUUUUGUACCUGACAAGUCGAGCCAUUGGACAAGCGGACUACACACGAGACUAUCUCAAGAAGGUGGCCCAAGACAAAUAUCAGCUACCCGACGGCCCUGUCAUCAUGUCGCCAGAUCGACUCUUUACGUCGCUGCAUCGCGAGGUAAUUAUGCGAAAACCAGAAGUGUUUAAGAUGGCCUGCUUGAGAGAUGUCCAGCGUUUGUUUGGUGGCAGAGAUCCGUUUUACGCAGGCUUUGGUAACCGUAUUACAGAUGCUAGAUCCUAUCGUAGCGUCAAUGUGCCUGCGUCUCGUAUUUUCACCAUUGAUCCGUACGGUGAUUUGAAGCUGGAAUUGUUGCUGGGCUUCAAGAGUUCGUAUAUCCAUCUCAAUGAUUUGGUGGAUCAGAUUUUCCCUCCUAUCAAUCGUGUGGUGGAUGAAGAGUUUAAUGACUGGAACUAUUGGAAAGCGCCUGUAGCAGACAUUGAUAUACCAGAGUUGGAUGUGCCAGUAGAGCCUGUCUCUCCAAAGCCCAAGCCCAUCAAGCCCGAUCCAUCUGCCUUACCUGCAAGCUCUGUGGUAGCUUCCACGUCUUCUUCUUCAGGACGUGGUCUCUUGCGUAGUUUUACAUCUCGAUCGGAUAGCAGCAGCAGCAGCAACAAUAGCAACAUCAGCCAUCGUAAGCUGCAGAGCAGUUCAAGCACGCCUACCUUGUUGAGCCGUAAAUUUUCUAUAUCAAGCAACACCAGUGGUGAUGAGAAUUUGGCAAAUGACAAUGAAGUGACAAGUGACCAAAAAGCAGGCAAUGCUGGAGGCACCACAACAACCGUGGAGGAUCUAAGUACAAGUCCAACCAAUUCCAUCAUGAACAAGAUCUUGAGCGUGGGUGGGGUUCGAUCUACUUUAUCAAGAACCUUCUUAUCCAGCGAUAAUAACAGCAGCAAUCAUACAAGUGGCACCACUACACCUCAACAAGCCAUUGAAGAAGAAAAGGCAGAGCAGCAGCAACAAGAAAAAGAAGAAGAAGAAGAAGAAGAGGAUAAACCCCUAACACAACAAGAACAAGAUCAUAUCGACCAAGAUGUCGAUGCAUUAUUAGACGAUGAUAUUGAUAUGGAUGAUAUCCCAUUCAUUUAA